AUGGGUACAUUGAUUAUCUUGCCUCUUGGCACCGAGAUUAGUACCGGCGUCCUGCAGCGACGGAAGCCUUUCAGGCAGCUGGCGUCUGGUGAGAGAUCUUCUCUGGAUGUUGAGGCGCUGCCCACCAACGUGCCCACCAACGUGCCCACCAACGUGCCCACCAACGUGCCCACCAACGUGCCCAACAACGUGCCCACCAACGUGCCUACCAACGUGCCCAACAGCGUGCCCACCAACGUGCCAACCAACGUGCCCACCAACGUGCGCAAGAACGUGCCUACCAACGUGCCCACCAACGUGCCCAACAACGUGCCCACCAACGUGCCCACCAACGUGCCCAACAACGUGCCCACCAACGUGCCCAACAACGUACCCAGCAACGUGCCCAACAACGUGCCCACCAACGUGCCCAACAACGUGCCCACCAACGUGCCCAACAACGUACCCAGCAACGUGCCCAACAACGUGCCCACCAACGUGCCCAACAACGUGCCCAACAACGUGCCCAUUAAUGAGAUAAAAGGAAUGAUGACGGGCAGAGUUUAUUGGGACUCAGUUUGCACUCCUUUUGACAUGCCAGGACGCAGACUAAGACCAUUGCCCGAAGCAUGUACUACAGACACCUGUCCUGACCCCAUAGUAGUAAAUACGCUCUCCAUCGCUACUACGCACUACGCUGGUAAGUCUAAUGGUAAGUACACUAUAUCACCUACCCAGUACACUAUAUCACCUUCUCAGUACACUAUAUCGCCUUCCCAGUACACUAUAUCGCCUUCCCAGUACACUAUAUCGCCUUCCCAGUACACUAUAUCACCUUCCCAGUACACUAUAUCACCUUCCCAGUACACUAUAUCGCCUUCCCAGUACACUAUAUCGCCUUCCCAGUACACUAUAUCGCCUUCCCAGUACACUAUAUCGCCUUCCCAGUACACUAUAUCGCCUUCCCAGUACACUAUAUCGCCUUCCCAGUACACUAUAUCACCUUCCCAGUACACUAUAUCGCCUUCCCAGUACACUAUAUCGCCUUCCCAGUACACUAUAUCACCUUCCCAGUACACUAUAUCGCCUUCCCAGUACACUAUAUCGCCUUCCCAGUACACUAUAUCGCCUUCCCAGUACACUAUAUCACCUUCCCAGUACACUAUAUCACCUUCCCAGUACACUUUAUCGCCUUCCCAGUACACUAUAUCGCCUUCCCAGUACACUAUAUCACCUUCCCAAUACACUAUAUCGCCUUCCCAGUACACUAUAUCACCUUCCCAGUACACUAUAUCACCUUCCCAGUACACUUUAUCGCCUUCCCAGUACACUAUAUCACCUUCCCAGUACACUAUAUCACCUUCCCAGUACACUAUAUCACCUUCCCAGUACACUAUAUCGCCUUCCCAGUACACUAUAUCACCUUCCCAGUACACUAUAUCACCUUCCCAGUACACUUUAUCGCCUUCCCAGUACACUAUAUCACCUUCCCAGUACACUAUAUCGCCUUCCCAGUACACUAUAUCACCUUCCCAGUACACUAUAUCACCUUCCCAGUACACUAUAUCACCUUCCCAGUACACUAUAUCACCUUCCCAGUACACUAUAUCACCUUCCCAGUACACUUUCUCACCUUCUCAGUACACUAUAUCACCUUCCCAGUACACUUUAUCGCCUUCCCAGUACACUAUAUCACCUUCCCAGUACACUAUAUCACCUUCCCAGUACAGUUUCUCACCUUCUCAGUACACUAUAUCGCCUUCCCAGUACACUAUAUCACCUUCCCAGUACACUAUAUCACCUUCCCAGUACACUAUAUCGCCUUCCCAGUACACUAUAUCGCCUUCCCAGUACACUAUAUCACCUUCCCAGUACACUAUAUCGCCUUCCCAGUACACUAUAUCGCCUUCCCAGUACACUAUAUCACCUUCCCAGUACAGUUUCUCACCUUCUCAGUACACUAUAUCGCCUUCCCAGUACACUAUAUCACCUUCCCAGUACACUAUAUCACCUUCCCAGUACACUAUAUCGCCUUCCCAGUACACUAUAUCGCCUUCCCAGUACACUAUAUCACCUUCCCAGUACACUAUAUCGCCUUCCCAGUACACUAUAUCGCCUUCCCAGUACACUAUAUCACCUUCCCAGUACACUAUAUCGCCUUCCCAGUACACUAUAUCGCCUUCCCAGUACACUAUAUCACCUUCCCAGUACACUAUAUCACCUUCCCAGUACACUUUAUCGCCUUCCCAGUACACUAUAUCGCCUUCCCAGUACACUAUAUCACCUUCUCAAUACACUAUAUCGCCUUCCCAGUACACUAUAUCACCUUCCCAGUACACUAUAUCACCUUCCCAGUACACUUUAUCGCCUUCCCAGUACACUAUAUCACCUUCCCAGUACACUAUAUCACCUUCCCAGUACACAAUAUCACCUUCUCAGUACACUAUAUCGCCUUCCCAGUACACUAUAUCACCUUCCCAGUACACUAUAUCACCUUCCCAGUACACUAUAUCACCUUCCCAGUACACUUUCUCACCUUCUCAGUACACUAUAUCACCUUCCCAGUACACUAUAUCACCUUCCCAGUACACUAUAUCACCUUCCCAGUACACUAUAUCACCUUCCCAGUACACUUUCUCACCUUCUCAGUACACUAUAUCACCUUCCCAGUACACUUUCUCACCUUCUCAGUACACUAUAUCACCUUCCCAGUUCACUAUAUCACCUUCCCAGUACACUUUCUCACCUUCCCAGUACACUAUAUCACCUUCCCAGUACACUAUAUCACCUUCCCAGUACACUAUAUCACCUUCCCAGUACACUAUAUCACCUUCCCAGUACACUAUAUCACCUUCCCAGUACACUAUAUCACCUUCCCAGCACACUAUAUCACCUUCCCAGCACACUAUAUCACCUUCCCAGUACACUAUAUCACCUUCCCAGCACACUAUAUCACCUUCCCAGUACACUAUAUCACCUUCCCAGCACACUAUAUCACCUUCCCAGUACACUAUAUCACCUUCCCAGCACACUAUAUCACCUUCCCAGUACACUUUCUCACCUUCUCAGUACACUAUAUCACCUUCCCAGUACACUAUAUCACCUUCCCAGUACACUUUCUCACCUUCUCAGUACACUAUAUCACCUUCCCAGUACACUAUAUCACCUUCCCAGCACACUUUUCAAGCCAUUUGCAUUAUGCACCAUUCCAGCCCUUACAGUCUGCUUCCAGCCCCUUCCAGUCCAGAUACGUGUCUUCCAGAAUUAAUAUAUUAA